AAUCAUAACAUUAGUUACUACUUGAAAUCCAUAUAAAACAUUUUUGUUUAAAACAGAUAUUUCAGAAUCUUUUAUUCAAGUUUACAAGAUGAAAUUAUUCAAGUUUACAAGAUGAAAGCUUUCUUUUUAAUCGUUGCAUUGGCUGUUUCUGUUGCAGUAUGCCAAGCUGGACAAGAGGAUUGUGAUGAAAGCAAAGGUGAAAAAUUUGGUACCUGUUACACAGCUUGUCCUAAGACUUGUUCCAACUACAAAGAUGAAGGUGGUAUCUGCACCUUGCAGUGCAUCAUAGGAUGUGGAUGUCCAACUGGGACAGUUAGAAGAGAAUCUGAUCAACAUUGUGUUAAACCUGAAGAAUGCUAAAAUUUGCAUUGUCUGAUGUUUCUUAAUAAAACAAUUUAUUGUAGCUAA